AUGGAUAUUAUAUUUUUGGGCACCGGUUCUGCCUUCCCCACGCCCAACAGGGCCGUAUCAGGCAUGAUCCUUCGAAACUCAGCCACAAAUGUCCAAUGGUUAUUUGACUGUGGCGAGGGCUCUCAGGUGCAAGCCCAAAAAAUUCCAGAUGCACGUAUAAAACGGAUAACCCGAAUCUUUAUCACUCACAUGCACAUGGACCAUGUUUACGGCUUGCCUGGUCUUUUGGCUACACUUGCACACCGCAUGCAAGGUGAGGAACGUGGACCAGAUGGUGUGGACGUGGAAAUCUACGGCCCCCAAGGCCUUCGGCGCUUCUUACGUCUAACUCUGUCUUUGGCUUGGGCCCUCCUGGAUAUCACCUACACCGUCCAUGAACUCAUGUUCAGUCCGAAGCAGACGUUGGUCCAGGACUAUGUCAAGUAUGCCUCCACGAAAGCUCACCCAGUUUACGACCCCAUCUUGCCGUACGAAAGGCCGGGCCGAGAUAUCUAUCCCGAUGAGAAUGGUUUGUUGACGAUAUUCAGUCAUUGCCUAUUGAUAUUACUGGCAUUCGCAUUACCUCUGUACUGA